UUACGGAUUCUGAACAGGGAACAUAGAUACCAGGAUAUUGGGGUCCUAGCGCCUAUGUUUGACUAGCUUUACAGCACUGGACUCGUGAUGGAGUGUCGAUGUACAUGUAGAUGUAAAGCGAACAAAGGGAUGAUGGUGACGCCACAGAUGCAUCGUCAGAAAUCCGAUAUGCAAGAGGAGCUGCUCGUAAAACUCGGCGCUAAGGAAGAAAAGUUUGACUGGCAUCCAGACAUCCUAUAUCGUCGUAUGGAACGGCCACAGUCUAGUGUCGUGGCGGACUACUCGAUCGAUAUCAAGAUUGGCCGACCCAAAUUGUAUUGCAUUGGCACUCGUAACCCAUGGGAUUGUGGAAACCAAGCACUGCGGCAAAUGACAAUGAAAGCAAAACAAGGUCCUCGAAGUCUUUUCUUUGGAAAGAAACCAAAGCCGAUUAACAUACUAAACAUACAUCGACCAGCACCCCCAAGGAUAUCCACAGCAAGCACACGGGUCAUACUCCAGCCUUUGUCGUUGGCUAGAAGCAAGACAGCGAAACCUAAAGUAUCAGUCAAGGAAAGUCUGCUGAAAAAUCCUCAACAGCUCUACAACAAUCUCAACAGCUCUACAACAAUCUCAAAGCUCUACAACAAUCUCAACAGCUCUACAACAAUCUCAACAGCUCUACAACAAUCUCAACAGCUCUACAACAAUCUCAAAGCUCUACAACAAUCUCAACAGCUCUACAACAAUCUCAAAGCUCUACAACAAUCUCAACAGCUCUACAACAAUCUCAAUAGCUCUACAACAAUCCCAAUAGCUCUACAACAAAGUCAAUAA